UUCACAUUCAGAGUUUUGAGAGAGAGAGAGAGAGAGAGAGUCAUACUUUGAUUUCAAUUCAACACCGAAGAAGAAUUUCCGAAAUGGCAUCAAGAGCCAUCCUUCAACAACAGGCCAGAGGUGAAGCAGUAGCGGAAGGAGGGAAACAGCAGAAGAAAAAUGGUGCAGGAGAGGGAAAGAACCGUAGAGCACUUGGUGAUAUUGGGAAUUUGGUCAAUUUAAGAGGAGUUGAAAUCAAGCCCAAUCGCCCAAUCACAAGGAGUUUUGGUGCCCAACUACUUGCCAAUAAGCAAGCAGCAGAAGCUGUUGUAGAUAACAAGAAACAAGCUUGUACUAAUGUGGCUGGACCUCCUGUUGCUCCAGGAGGUGCAGUGGCCAAAAAAGUGGCCCCCAAACCGGGUCAGAAGAAAGCCACUGUACAACCAAAGCCUGAGAAAGUCGUUGAAGCUAGCCCAGACAAGGAAAUCCAGAAAGACAAGAAAAAGGAAGCGGACGCCAAAAGGGAUUCGCGUUCUCUUACUUCAGUGCUCUCAGCUCGAAGCAAGGCAGCAUGUGGCAUAAUUAACAAGCCAAAGGAACAUGUUUUUGACAUUGAUGCUGGUGAUGUUGAAAAUGAGCUUGCUGCUGUGGAGUAUAUUGAUGAAAUUUACAAGUUCUACAGGCUUGCUGAGAAUGAGAGCCGCCCUCAUGACUACAUUGACUCACAGCCUGAGAUAAAUGAGAGGAUGAGAGCUAUACUGAUUGAUUGGCUGAUAGAUGUCCACACCAAGUUUGAACUUUCAAUUGAGGCCCUUUACCUUACAAUCAAUAUAAUUGAUCGGUUCCUCGCAAUUAAGACUGUUCCAAGGAGGGAACUGCAAUUGCUUGGCAUCAGUGCCAUGCUGAUAGCAUCCAAGUAUGAAGAAAUCUAUCCCCCUGAGGUUAAUGACUUUGUCUGCCUCUCAGAUAGGGCUUACACUCAUGAUCAGAUACUGAUCAUGGAGAAAAGAAUACUGCACAAACUAGAAUGGACUUUGACUGUGCCAACACCUAUUGUUUUCCUUGUUCGUUUUAUCAAGGCAUCAGUCCCAGAUCAGGACUUGGAAAACAUGGCUCAUUUUCUGUCCGAGUUGGGAAUGAUGAAUUAUGCGACCUUAAUGUAUAGCCCAUCAAUGGUUGCUGCCUCUGCAGUCUUUGCUGCUAGAUGCACUCUCAAUAAGGCUCCCCUUUGGAACGAGACGCUUAAAGUGCACACCGGUUACUCACAAGAACAACUUAUGGAUUGUGCUAGAUUAUUGGUGAGCUUCCACUCCAAUGUUGGGAAUGGAAAGCUAAAGGUUGUGUACAGGAAGUAUUCAGAUCCUCAGAAAGGGUCUGUUGCUGUGCUUCCACCGGCUAAAUCUCUUCUGCAAGAUGGUUCUGCCUCCCAAUAGAGUUUAAGAAACAAAGGGUAGAAGCACUUAAUAGAGUAUUGGCAAUAAUCAUUUGUAUUUUUUUCCUUAAUUUUUUUUAUUAACAAAACUGAUAUAUUAAAAGUUGCAAGUAAACACUUGCUAAUCCUUCAUCGCCUUUUUAUCCGGCGGUUAUACAUACACUAAGUGGCAACCAGUUUCAAUUUGAAAGGUUCCUUGUUAGAAAAUAUAUGGCACUGUUAAAACUUAUUGCUGCCAACAUAAUGUUAAAACAUCUUGAAAUAACAUUUUUUUUAAAUUGCA